AUGACGCAGAAGCAUAACGGCGACCUUCGCGAAUAUCAGUUACGUCUAGCACGAGUCGACGUAUAUAUUGUCAUGCAGAGGCAGAGUGGUCUCAAUGAGGGUGUCCUGAACAUCGACGUGCCGCAGUUAUGCGUGACGCUCACGCCGAGCACGCCUUGGGAUUGGAACUACACCACGACGCCUCAGGUGCACCUCGAAAAUCGCACCCUCCCAUUCCCGCGAGGUAUUGGUUUAGGUGGCACUAGCGCCAGCGAAAAGUUCAACCUGCCGGUCGAUGGGCAUAACGUCUCGGGCCAGUUCUUGCCGGAGGUGCACGGUUUCGACGGCGUCAUUGGCGUGAGCGUGCCUGGCGCGGCGCGUGCGACGGAUGGGCGCGUAAUUGCGGCUACCCAAGAGCUGGAGGAAUCCCCGUUCCAAAUCGACCUGAACUCUGGCGAGCAUUUGGGCAUUGGCGUUGAUCGAUCGGGGCGUCCGCUCCAGCUCUUGGCCUACCUGGCUGAGAACUAUCUGGCACGCAAGAACCUCGAUGUUCUCCUUCACGCGCAUGUCCCGCGGGUGUGCCAGACGAAGGAUGCGGAGGCACUCACCUUCAGGACGGUCGAGGUGGUGGUUGAUGGUACGAGCCUCCGCAUCUCUUUCAACGGUGUCUACCCGACGCAGGAGACAGGCCACUACUUCAAUCUCCCCGUUGGCUGCGUCUCGCCGUCCUCACGCGGAUCCGUGACGAUCAACUCGUCCAACCCGUUCGCUCCGCCCCUCAUCAACCCCAACCUCCUUGCGGACGAGCUCGACCUCUACAUCGUCCGCCAGGGGCUUAAGGCCGGCAUGCGCUACCUUGCCGCGCCCGCCUGGGACGGCUACUUUGUCCGGCCGUUGCAGAACCUGACAACGGACGAGCAGUUCGACGCGUACAUACACGAGCACGCGGUCAGCUUCUUCCACCCAGUCGCGACGGCCGCGAUGAGCCCCAAGGACGCGGCGCGAGUUGGCUAG